AGGUAAAGCACAACAUACGGCCAUAGCUCCGCGCAACGGUUGCGCAUCCAUCAUUCGCGCCUACGCGUGCCCAUAGUCGGGAGCCACGAAUCAAUACCUCUGGGAGGAUCUAUCUUCUCGAGCGCUUUCCGCGAUUUCUCUUCGUUUCUUAGCCAUGGCAGGCCGCUCUCAAACACCGGCCAAGCGCCUCUUAGUCGAGCUCCAGACAUAUCAGACUGACCCGAACGAUGCGCUACUUCACCUAGGCCCUGUCAGCGAUGACGAGCUGACGCGCUGGACCGCUGUCAUGAAAGGCCCGACGGGGACGCCAUACGAAAAUGGGCGCUGGUUGCUCACUAUCAAUAUUCCGCCAAACUACCCUCUCACGGCGCCGAUUAUAAAAUUCGUCACACCAAUAUGCCACCCGAACGUCCACUUCAAAACUGGGGAAAUUUGCCUUGACACGCUGAAGACGGCGUGGUCGCCGGCUUUUACCAUCUCCUCGACCAUGACAUGCGUGCACCAGCUGCUGACGAGCGCUGAGCCGGACAGUCCCCUCAAUAUCGAUAUCGCGCAGCUGUUUCGGCAAGGCGAUAAACUGGGAGCGGAGAGCUUGAUCAGGUUUUACACUGCGACUGAGAGAUAUGAGGGUCCAGAAGGGAGGUAGUAAGCGGAAGUAUAUUUUGUAUGGACGGUGGGGGGAAAGACAAGAAUGAAACUCGGCUUGGGGCGAGAUCGCUUCAAGCUUCGAUAUCCGACCAAGAUCGGCGCACUGGGUGGGUACAGGGUUUUGGGCUUGGUAAGAAAGGAUACCAAGGACGUGCAUGCAAGAUGAUACAGCACUGGUGUUGUUAUCAAGCAUUUUUCUCCUACUCAUGCGGAAAGUCUACGUGGAGCUGAUCUGUGUAAGGUCCUGAGUCCUGUCUGAAGUCGUGUCUCUUUCUCUGAGAUGGUGCAACACUAAAUAAUGUGUGGGAAAUAUUGGGUCCAGGUAGGG